AUGGGUUUUCCCGGCCCUCUGUUCAAGCUUUUCUUGCUCACACUGGCCUGCUCUUUAGGUGGCGGCAUCACCUCCAGUGGUGGUGAAUUGUGGCUUUCUUACAAGUCCCCUCCACCACCUAAGCACCAUCACCACCACCACAUUUGGCCACCCUUUUACAAGUAUAAGUCUCCUCCUCCACCACCCUUUUACAAGUACAAAUCUCCUCCUCCACCACCACCCAUUUACAAAUACAAAUCACCACCCCCACCACCUAUCUACAAAUACAAGUCUCCACCUCCACCACCCAUAUACAAGUACAAAUCUCCUCCACCACCCAUUUACAAAUACAAGUCUCCUCCUCCUCCAACUCACUCAUACAAAUACGUAUCUCCACCACCACCACUACCAUUUUACACAUACAAAUCUCCACCUCCACCCCCAUUAUACAAGUAUAAAUCACCCCCUCCUCCUACUUACAAGUAUAAAACUCCUCCACCUCCUCCUCCUCCUCCUCCUCCUAUAUACAAGUAUAAAUCGCCCCCGCCUCCUAUUUACAAGUACAAAUCACCACCUCCACCUCAUGUGCACAAGCACCACCACAAGCCUCCUCCUCCUCCUUACCAUCCGUACCCCAUUUUCCGAUACACUUCGCCACCACCUCCUGGCCACUACUGA